UUGACCCCCAUGGAAAAACGCAGUGUCAUAGCAGAGCCAGUUAAAAGAGAUACCAUGCCACCACGUUACCGUAGGGUUACUCACUGUUGCAUGAGUCGGUCUGCAUUUAGAAACCGAGUUUGGCUGCUUUAACUCCAAACUGAGCAAGAAGCGAAACUGAAAUCCUACACCACGCAAGAAAGAGGCCAGCCUACCGAUGACACUAGGCAGUGCUAGCAGCAUUUCGCACAGUCUUCAGCCAAGCCGCCGCAUUGCUACCCGGCUUCGGCGGCCUUACGAAUGAGACUAGCCGGCUAACGUGCGGUUCUGAGGAGAAAAAUAACAAUUUACAUCUAGCGUUUACACUGUGCCACCGAAAAGUGGUGGAAUACUAAUCGCUAAUACUCGGGGUAGUCUGAUAACUAUAACCAAGAGGUAAAGUUAGCUACAGCAGUACGGCGCAGUUGCAAGAGUGACUAGCGAGCUAAGGAUAUUUGCUAACCACAGACGUUUUCUUUGUACCGAUAGCUAAAUUAACGCUAGUUUGCGCAAGUUAUCUUACAGUAAUAUUUAUGUGGAGAUACUUUUGCUAGUUACAGAUAAAGAUGCCUCAGAAGCGUCGUUCGCAGUCAUGGACCGAGCUGAAGCAGGCCGGUAACGAGUCGUUUAAAAACGGACAAUACGGGGAGGCCGCGAGUCUUUACACCCAAGCCAUACAACUUCUAGAAAAGUCAGGAAAGAAAACCCAGGAGGAUCUAAGUGUCCUGUACUCUAACCGAGCAGCUAGUUAUCUGAAGGACGGAAAUUGCACGGGAUGUGUAAAAGACUGUUCACUCUCGCUUGACCUGCUUCCGUUCAGCAUAAAGCCGCUUCUACGACGCGCGGCUGCCUAUGAAGCCCUGGAGAGAUACAGACAGGCCUACGUGGACUACAAGACGGUGCUGCAGAUAGACUGCAGCAUACCUGCUGCCCACGAUGGGACCAACAGAAUGACGAAGGCCUUGACCGAUCAGGAUGGCCCUGAGUGGCGGGAGAAGCUCCCGCCCAUUCCCUCGGUUCCAUUGGCCGUGCGCGAGAGACCGACUCAGAUGGCCAUGCCCACCCCUACCGCACAACAGAACGGCACCUGCCAAACAGAGAGACCAGGAGACGCAGCCAUGAAGCAGGCCCAGGUUCUGAAGGAGGAAGGCAACGCCCUGGUGAAGAAGGGUCAUCACAAGAAAGCAGCGGAGAAGUACACGCAGAGCCUGAAACUCAACCCCACAGAAGUGACCACCUACACCAACAGGGCCCUGUGUUACCUGUCUCUGAAGAUGUUCAGUGAGGCUGUGCAGGACUGUGUGGCAGCCCUCCAGUUGGACCCGGUGAACGUGAAGGCGCUAUACAGACGAGCUCAGGCGCACAGGCAGCUUAAAGACUACAAAGCGUGUGUGGAAGACCUGAACGCCCUGCUCAAAAUCGAGCCGAAGAACACCGCCGCCCAGAAGCUGCAACAGGAGGUGCAGAAGAUGAAGUGAAUGCGGGUGCCAAGGGCUCACCUGGUGUUCAGGCUUUAGAGGGACAGUUCACCCAAAAUCCAUCCAAGUAUAAUUAUUUGCCUUUCUGUAUUAUGUGCUGUACAUCCAAAGAAGAGCUUUUAGCAUUCUACACAUCUACACGAACAUUCACCACCGGCUAGCAUCGCUAACAUCAACACCCAAAGACAAUGGGAGUCUGUGUGCCUGCAGGUAGCAUGCUGAAAACUGCAUGCAAAAAUGGCACACAAUGACCUUCCAGUAACUUUACAUAGCUCACUUGAAAGUGGAACAUCUUGGUUUAGAUCUCUUUUUUUUUUGUUGUAAAAUGUAAUUGAAAAAUGUUCUCAAAUAUGCUUCCUGUCCCUUUGUUACCAGGCACUGAUGCUAACAAUGCUAGCCGUCGCUGGUCAUUUGCAGGGCACGAACAAAACCUUCUCUGGAUGUGUAGCGCAUCAUAUUGAAAGAAAUGUACAUUUAUUAUGGGUGAACUAUCACUUUAAGCGGCUGUUUCUCAGCAGACUCACAUGCGGUUUAUGUAAAUCUGCCAGCCCACCAGCAUUUUCAAAUGACUGUUUCCUACUGCAUGUUGUGAUUGACGUCUUUAUCGGGCAGAUACGGGGAAUAGCCCCAUUGGCAAACGAGCGUCACGUUGUGUGUUUUGGAGUGAACACAGGGAUUGCCGUUUCAUACUUGCUUUGUUUAGAUUUGGCUCAUGCUGUACCAUCAAUAAAGGAGAGAUGAAACUUA